AACAAACAUUGACUUUGAAUUGGUUCCCUUACAAAAAAAUAUCAAAAUGCGGCGUGGAACGGUGGAAGUUCUUUUUCCCCUGGCUUUUCAUCAUGAAGAAGAUAUGCCAAUCGUGGCCAAGGAAUGAAUCAAUUUAAGAACCUCUCGAAAAACUCUUCUCGGAGAUGAGCAUGAAAAUGAAGUACCCAGAUGAUUUUUGUUGGGCAGUUAAUCGAAGUAGAAGUUUAAUAAGCAAAGAGAAAGACAAUUGGAAAUUGAAAUGGUGUUUGGAUCGGGUUACCGAGAAGAAGAUGGUUUCUGUGAUGGCGGAAUUGGAAUUCUUUUGUGUCUUUCUGAAAACAUUUUACUUCGAUGAAUAUGUGCUUAUUACCAAUGACACACAGUUUGCCAUCAAAGUUGAAGCUGCUGCUCAAGAAUUGAAAAUGCUUCUUCAGCAUGAUUUUCUUGAGAUAUUUGAUGGAGCUCUUGAUCAUCUGACUAGUAGUAGGCUAACCCAAUUGGUGCGAAAUGCCCUACAAUCUAAACGUUGGAAGUUUUCUCGAGUUUUCGCCAAUUUAGAUCGAAAGUGUUGUGAUUUGAAGCUAGUUAUCCGUCAAGCUUACGAAGAUCAAAUCCUUGACGCCCUGAAAUUUGUAUCAUUUGCACCAUACAUUUUGGUAGAUAAGUACAGCCCUUUGGAUUGGGGCUUUAUCUGUGAUUCUCUAGACCAGGGUGUGCUAUAUUUGUGUGCCAUGGAGAAAUACUCUUACUUGGGUGAUCAGUUGAGGGAUCAAAUAUAUGCAUUGGUACAAGGACUCAAUUCUGUCAAUUGGCUUCUCACUGAUAAGAAUAUCACUGAAAAGGGAUUCGCUGAUGAUAUGCCGCACGCUUAUUUUGGAGGAAUCAUUGUCGAGUUUGCCCGCCUGUGUUGUUGCUCCUGGUACAAUGAUCCAACAGUUAUGAAUGAGAGCAAGAAACGACAUCUGGCUCUUUUGCUUUCAGACCAUAGCUGCAAACUGGACCUCGAUCCUUGUAAAUUCCUAGAUGCCAUUGUGAAAAGCCUACAACACUAUCCUGAGCAGUCACCAAGCCUUCUUGAAGAGUAUCAUUGGCCAUAUAAACAUUUUUUCCAACAUAUUUUAAAUAUACAAGAUGUGUGUGAGGCCAGCUUGGAACUCGUUGAUGCAUUGGCGUCUCUGCUUCCCCUUCUCAUCAAAUCGCGAGAAAUACAUCACAAGGACAUGGUGGAUGUACCUCGGAUUUUAGCAGCUUUUAGAGAUGUGGUUCUCGAGAUCAGAUAUCUAAAUCAUCUGCAGCAUCAAUGCAAGUGGGAUAAAGGUAAACCUGACUGUGCAAUUUUUAUGAAAAGAGUUCGCUGUCUUGAGCUUGAAAUUGCCAUUCUCCUACUUCCUGAUGUCAAUGAGGGGAAUAAAUCUAUAAGGCUUGAAUAUUAUACUGACAAAAUUCUGAUAGAGAAGGUCAUCAUUGCAUUUCCUAGUGAAGUGAAAUCUUUCUAUCAGUCCUCCUCUAGUACUAAGGAGGACUACUUGGAAGAUAUCAAGUUUGGUGAUUUGCUCUACAAGUGUUUUGUACUUACCUUGGUAUUAGAGGCGAAGACAUGUUUGUCAAAGUUGAAUGAAGAUGGAAGUUUGAUUCUGAUGUUAUUCUUGAAGCACAAGAUUACAUUUCUUCGUGACGGACUCCAAUAUCUGAUAGAUGUAUUUCUCAAGAAGUGGAAAAAGAAUGCAGAGCAGGAUGAGAAGCUGCUCUUGACAGAUUUUGAAGUGAUGGCUACUGAAGUGUUAACUCUAACUAGAGCAUUUGCAGCAAACAAAGAAGAAGCCAAGAAUAUGGAUGCCCGGCUCCUUAAUUUAACUGAUAAAGUUCAGCAAUGGAUAGCAAAGAUCAUAGGGGAUUAUCAAAUUCCAAAGUUUAAUCUCCCUAAGACUCCUGGACUUUGCUUUGUUGGGGGUCCAUUGCAGAAUUUAGAAAGGGUUAGCUGUGAGCAUGAUUCUUUGUGGUAUGUAACAUAUGAAAUUGAAGCUGUUUGCAAAGAUUUGAAGCUAAAAGAACCUAACUCCCAGGAUGUUUUUGAUCAACUUGAAUUCGUGAGUCUGCUUACCCAGCUUGUCAAUGUGACGUACAGAGCAGAACAUCUCUCCGACUUAAUGAUGGAAGAAAAAAAGUAUCUCCCGCAACAUUUUCUGUGGUUUGGUCAUCUGGUAGGAGAAAUUAGGCAAUUAAAAUUGCAGAUUGCAAAUUUUAAAGGGAACAGUGGAUACAGUGAGAGAUCCCAAAUUGUUGUCAGGAGGCUGAUGCCUAGCAUGUCACAGGUUUCUGUUGUGCAAGUUGAUGAAGUUAUGGUUGGCCUCCAGGAUCAGAAAGAAAUGAUAAUUGAUCGACUUACAAGAGGCACACAAAAGCGAGAUAAUGUCUCGAUAGUUGGGAUGCCAGGAGUCGGUAAGACCUCUUUAGCCCAUAAUGUGUUCUGUUGUCCAAGAGUUAUGUAUCACUUUCCUAUUCGCUCAUGGUGUUGUGUUUCGCAAACAUAUAACAAGAGGGACUUGAUGCUUGGUAUUUUAAGCAACAUUAUCACUGACAUGGAUAAUUUUUAUGCAAAGAGCGAUGUAGACUUAGAGUUACUACUCUAUAGAAAGUUGAAGAAAAUUAGAUACCUAAUUGUUCUAGACGACAUGUGGGGUACUGGUGCCUGGGAUGAAUUGAAGAUCUCAUUUCCCGAUGAUUCAAAUGGUAGCAGAAUUUUGAUGACAGGUCGUCUUGAAAUGGAGCUUUCAAAAAUUAAUGAUUCCCAUUUUCUUCAUCCUCUCUCGGAGGAAGAAAGUUGGGACUUGCUUAAGUUGAAGACAUUUGGGAAUGAACACUGUCCUGAAGAACUGUUGGAAGUUGGACAACAAAUUGCCAAAAAUUGCAAAGGGCUACCUCUCUCAAUUUGUGCAAUAGCAGGUAUUCUUGAUGCUUCAAAUAAGAACCAAAUGAUGUGGAAGCAGAUAUCUGAAAGUGUUAGUUCACAGAUACUCAGUCCAGAAAGUCAAUGCAAGAAAAUUUUAGCACUGAGCUACGAUCAUUUACCUGAUCACCUAAAAGCUAGCUUGCUCUAUUUUGGGGCAUUUCCAGAGGACAAGGACAUUCCAACUUGGAAAUUAAAGUCAUUAUGGAUGGCAGAAGGCUUCAUAAGCAAGUGUGAGUUCAAAAGCUUGGAGGAUCUUGCUGAGGAUUACUUAAUGGAUCUAGUUGGUAGAAGCCUAGUAAUAGUGGCGAAAAGAGGAUCAAGCGGCAAAGUGAAAGCAUGUCGAGUGCAUGAUCUAGUACGUGAUUUGUGCUUGUUGAAAGCUGAAGAAGACCGUUUUUUGCAGUUGAUAUCUGGUGAGGAUCAUCCCUAUGCUUCUUUUAAUCGUUUAGAAUAUGGUGUUCACUAUGAGCAUUUCGAUGCAUCAUGUUCCAUAGAAUAUGAGCAGUAUCGACUGUGCUUUUUUGUUAACCGAGAACACUUUGUUCUAUCAAGGCCAUCUGGCCCAUUUGUCCGUUCUCUAAUGUUCGCUGCCACUACUGAUAAGCAUCCCAGAUGCUCCUAUGAUGUCUCCUUCAUCACUACAAGCUUUAAACGCCUUAGAGUGUUGGAUUUGGAAUCCAUUUAUAUGGGAAGCUCUUUUCCAAAUGGAAUAAACUUGCUUGUUGAUUUGAGAUACUUAUCGAUGUUUGGUGACAUGGAAUCUAUUCCACCCUCAUUUUCUGACCUAGAGAAUUUGGAAAGCUUCCUUUUGAAGAGCUUGAAGAGUAAGAUUGUCCUACCAGUCACCAUUUGGAGAAUGAGGAAGUUGAGGCAUCUUCAUGUUACAAGUCAUGCUAUCUUUUCUUCGCCUACAUCACGCGAUCAGUUGGAUGGCUUUGUUACACUUUCAUUGAUGUAUGUUCUGUUGGGGAAAGAAACGAAUGAGAUACUAAUGAAGUUCCCCAAUCUUCAAAAACUGAAAUGCAUAUAUUCUGAACCACCAAAUGUUUCCAUGGAUAUUUGUUUGGUACCUGCUUGGGGAUCACUAGCAAAGUUGGAGUCACUCAAUAUCUCCUACCUCGGCGUGGCUCUUAACAGCGGGGAAUUGAACUUACCCUCAAGUUUAAAGAAGUUGUCGCUAUCGAAUUUUCACCUGUCGUUAUGUCACAUCUCAGCAGUAGGAAAACUCCAGAACUUGGAAGUUCUGAAAUUGAUUUCCUGUGCUUUUGAGGGGUCAACCUGGACAAUGACCGAAGGGGAGUUCCGCGAACUGAAAUACUUGGAGUUAGACAGCCUAAACAUUGUUCAAUGGGAUGCCCGGGAAGAUCACUUACCCCGGCUUCAACAGCUUGUGUUGCGGAAAUGCAAACAGCUAGAAGAGGUUCCUUUUGAAUUCAGUUGCAUCUCAACACUGAAGAAGAUUGAAGUUCAGCUAUGCGAAAGUUGUGUCAUUGAUUCAGUCCGAAAAAUUGAAGAGGAAGGAAUUGAGGGACUCGAGAUUAUCAUCAAUAGCUGCCUUUCAGGUUAAUCAUUAUCAUUUUCACUGUGGUUUUUCUUUUCCCAUGCUACAAGUAAGUCACUGUAAGAAUCAAUUUACGGCAAAUCACAUUUCCAUUUGAUAGAAUGCUUCCACGAGGAUGGAGGUUUUCUAGUAGCUCUUACCCGGGUAUCAACAAUGUCUUGCACAAAAGAGACCAAAUGGUGGCAAAUAGUAUCUAUUUUCAAAGAUUCUUCAAGAAUGAAUGUGUUCAAAAAAAGAAAAAAGGAUUGCAUAUUAUUUACCAUUCGGCCGAGUGAAAGAUUAUAAUAUUUGUGUGUUUUUCAACGAAUAAUGAACAUUCAUCUCUUACCGGUAAUCCCUGGUCUCUUAGUUUAUUUUAAGCAGGUACGUGUUCUUUAACAAAGACUGAACCCCUAUUUUUUCUUUCACAUUUGCUUAAAAUUAAUUUAUCUGGCUCUUGUACUUGAAAAAACAACUUAUUUUUUG